CCUAAGUCCAUUUAGAUUAGAUACAACUUACGCAGAUAAACACGUAGUGCUGUUUUUGUCACAUUUCUGAUAAGGACCUCGUGAUUGUAACAAUGAAAACUAUGCUGCGGUUUUUAGGACUUUUUCUCCCAAUAUGUGCUUUGUUGGAGACGUCCAUGGGCGAACUUCACCAUGGAAUGUCGAUCAUGUGUCUGCAAUGCAAACACACUACACAUCCUGAAUUAUGCCAUCAACACGCAAGUUGUGGCCCAGAGUCUUGUAAGACGGAAGUUCACUAUUUAUCCGGAAGCUACAGAUUUUCAUUUGGAUGCGGAGAUCAUAGAAAAUGCGAACACGAAGUUCACGUACAAAGUAUAGUAGGGAAAAGAGAUCGUCACCCACACGAAGAAGGACAGCUAGUUUGCCGUGAAUGUUGUGACAGCACGGGUUGCGACAAACAUGCCUGUUCACAGUACCUUCAAACUACGACAUCAUCAACAACGACAACAACAACAACGACGACAACAACAACAACACCAAUGCCGACAACAAAAGUUUCUACUAAUGCACCAAAUGUUCUAAAUCCUGACUGUGUCGACCACGAAAGUGAGACAUUUAAAUGUGCAGACCUUUCCAAAUUCAAUUUCUGCCAUGACAAUUCCUCAUUGGCGCACGCUCUCGCGCACGAGAAAUGUUCGAAAUUCUGCGGAUUUUGCAGCCCAUAUUCACUAAUCACAUCACCGGCCCCAGCUACAACAACAACACCUAAACCGGUCGUUGUCACUCAGGCGCCUGCGACAACCGCAGUCCCGUGUUCCGACAAUGAGGUGCAAGACUUUAACUGCGCAGAAUGGAAGUCCUUUGGGUUCUGCUCCAAUACUGCCGGUAGUGGCUAUAAUAUAGCCAAAGAAAGGUGCCAGAAAACUUGUGGAUUCUGCCAGUAGCACACGGACUUGGUCUGGAUAUGAAAUAUAUGCAAGUACAAGGAUCUUUUGGUUCAGUGAUUAUUGUAUUUGGAUUAAAACUUUCCCAAGAAGUAAA